AUGAGAGAUGACCAACAUAACGACACUUGGGGUUCGCAAUUACAGGAAGUCCUGAUUUACUAUCUUCUCCAUUAAAAAAAACAACAAAACAGUUAUGUAAAAUAAUAAGUGGUUAUAUCAUUACAUUUUACUUGUUUAUGUAUUACAAGCUAAAUUUAUUGCUGUUAUACACUCAGUGAACCGGUUUGAGUUUCAGGAUAUUUGUGAGAUCUCCUGCGUUUAUCAUCUCUGUGAGAGUCUUGGGCAAUCAUGGCGGCGAUGACACCAGCGCGGAGUUCUCUGAGAAUACUGAGACGGCUGCCCCAGGUUGUAUCCCAUCGCCUCCAGCAGUGUCCCAGGCUCCAGGCCCUCGGACCAGCCCCCGUUGUUCACAUCUCCACACCCCUCAGUUUAAUUCACUGGAGAGGAUUCAGAUCCAGCCAUGUGGCCUCUGGACAGGUGCUGCAGUUCAAACUCUCAGAUAUUGGAGAGGGCAUAAUGGAAGUGACAGUAAAAGAGUGGUAUGUCAAGGAAGGGGACAGGGUCUCCCAGUUUGACAGCAUUUGUGAGGUCCAGAGUGACAAAGCGUCCGUCACUAUCACGAGCCGCUAUGAUGGCGUCAUCCGUAAGCUGUACUAUGACGUAGAUGCUAUCGCACAUGUUGGUUCACCUCUUGUGGACAUCGAAACGGACAAAGCACUGGAGGGCGCCCCAGAGGAAGAUGUGGUAGAGACUCCAGCAAUAUCCCAUAAGCAACCACAUCGAGAAAUCAAGGACCAAAAAACCCAGGCGACACCAGCAGUACGCCGUCUGGCUAUGGAGAACAAUAUUAAACUAAGUGAGGUGGUCGGGACAGGAAAAGAUGGCCGUAUUUUAAAAGAGGACAUUAUUAGUUUCUUAGCCAAGCAGACAGGAGCCAUCCUCCCUUAUGAGGUUGAGAAAACCCCAACACCCGUGAUUUCCACUUCAAAUACCCCACCCAAAGAGAAGACGCCCAUCAUGGCACCUCCGACGAUCCCACUACCCAUCUUCUCUGGCAAAGACAGGACAGAGCCUCUGAAUGGUUUCCAGAAGGCCAUGGUGAAGACCAUGACUGCUGCUCUGAAAAUUCCUCACUUCGGUUACUGUGACCAGGUCGACCUGACGCAGCUAGUGCGGUUACGUUCAGAACUGAAGGACCUGGCGAAGUCUCGGGGUGUCAAACUCAGCUACAUGCCUUUCUUCAUCAAGGCCGCAUCACUUGGGCUCUUGCAGUUUCCUGUUUUCAAUGCCUCUGUGGAUGAAGGCUGCCAGAACAUCACAUUUAAGGCAUCUCAUAACAUCGGCCUGGCGAUGGACACUCCUCAGGGCCUCCUGGUGCCCAAUGUGAAGAGCGUUCAGGCCCUCAGUGUUUUUGACAUAGCUGUGGAGCUCAACCGUCUGCAGGCUCUGGGUUCAGCUGGACAGCUAGGCACCGCUGAUCUCACUGGAGGAACUUUCACCCUCUCCAACAUUGGCUCGAUUGGAGGGACGUAUGCCAAGCCAGUGAUUCUGCCCCCGGAGGUGGCCAUCGGAGCUUUGGGAAAGAUCCAGGUUCUGCCUAGGUUUAACUCCCGUGAUGAGAUAGUAAAGGCGUACAUCAUGAAUGUCAGCUGGUCCGCCGAUCAUCGCGUCAUAGACGGGGCCACUAUGUCCCGCUUCUCCAACCUGUGGCGGUCUUACCUGGAGAACCCAGCUUCCAUGGUCCUGGAUCUCAAAUGAACACUGCUCUGGAAAUGAGAUCUCUGUUGUCCAUUACUUCCUGGAGUGUCUUUAGGUUACUUACAGCUUCAAAACAGUGUGCUGUGACUCACAUGAACACUCAAGUUUCUGCUUUCACAUUCAUUUGUGGGGAAAAGAAAAAAAAAGACUUCAGUUCCUUUUCUCUAUUUGCCUUAUUUCAGAUUAAAGACUGUUACUGCAACUUUACAUCACAGAACACUUGCCUCAUGUUAAUGAGUUUUUGAGGACCGGGACACCUGAAAUCACCUCUAAGUUUUCCUAAUGCACAAAGCUUGUGUGUGGGAGACAGAGGCUGAUACUGGCUGGCUCUUGGACAAGCAUCGGGACUGUAACAUCUCAUUGUUUGCUGACUUUCUCUGAGACUUCAUUCACACAAGCCUCUGUAGAGUGGACAGACAGCCACUUCAUCUAAAACCACUUGUGUGUCAGUGUGAAGAAAGGACCAUCAUUUAACUGUUAAAAGAACAAAUGGACCACACAUGGACAGAUUACUAAAAUGUGAUAGGAAUAAAGGAAUAAUUUUGGCAAGCUGCAUUGCUUUUUGCAUUAUAAAUUUCAAAAUUUCAUUAAAGGGUUAGUUCACCCAAAAAUGAAAAUAA